AUGUCUGCUGCAAACUUCCCCUCCGUUCGCCAGGUCGAGGAGUUCAUCGCCAGGAGCAUAGAGGUUCCUGGCUCUAGCAUGCACGCCUUGCCGACGCAUGGCGGAACGCAUGAGUCCAUCUCCGCCGCAAAAACCACCAGCGGAACCGGCACCGCCGAUGGACGGAAGGCCGAUCACCACGAGAAAUGGGGCUCCCGGCUGCUCUUCGACAACCUCACGGAGGCAAACCAGAAGCUGGAGCGGCAAAACAAAGAGUAUGCGAGAGCCAACCAGGAGCUUCGCAGACUUGUCGGACAGCUUCUGGCCGAGAGGAACCAGGCCCAAGCUGCCAUCGCGAGCCUCCAGCAAAUUGGGGGCAACUGCAUCGAGGUGGCGAGGCGCUUCAAGACCCAGGAGCAGGAGCUCAAGCUCCUCCGCGCGGAGUGCGCGGAUAACGAUGCGGUGAAUAAGUCGCUCGAGGACUGCAACCUUGAACUGUGCGAAACCUACCGGCAACUUAAGCAGCAGCUCGUUACGCGAGAAGUCGAGGUGGAGAUGCUGCUGACUACCAAUGCCCGGAUCGCCAGCAGCGCUUUCGGGAUGAAUGUCACCUUCGCACAAAUGCAGAGUUCAUCCGAGGCGGUGGAUACGAGGGCCAAUCAUCUGCAGGGGUGUGUUGCUGGCCUCGAGCGCGCGAGGAAGCUGGACCAGAUAAGGCUUCGAGCUGUUGAAGCAGUUGCGAGCCAGGCCUUCGCCCGUAACAAGAUCCUGAACGCACAGCUGCAGGAGCUUACUGAUGACCAGGCUGCACGCAAAGACUCCUGCGGAGAGGGUUUCUCAGUCGUGUCGCAUCCUCAAGACGUCGACUCUUCCGAUGAGUUCACCUUGGUGGAUAGGGAUGAAAGUGAUUCUGGGAAUGAAUACUGUGGUAUGUGUAUUGGGUGA